CCAGGUCAAGCGGUUAAAGAGUUUUGUUUAUUGGUGACGACAUUUUUAAUUAUUUAUGACUAUUUAGUGAUUUAUUUUUCUUGGAAUACUUUACUUGUUAAACGGAUUUUUUAUACUGCAAUAAUGGUCAUUCAUCAUUGGCAGAGUCAAAAUGUCAAAGUAUCCGGGGUCGAUGACAUGGUGCUGCUUCCUAAGAUCACUGAGGAUGCGAUCAUGGAUAAUUUACGCAAGAGAUAUAUGGAUGACUAUAUAUAUACCUGCAUCGGCCCAGUCUUGGUGUCCAUUAAUCCAUUCAAACAAAUGCCGUACUUUGGCGAGAAAGAAGUUCAAAUUUAUCAGGGAGCUGCACCGUAUGAAAAUCCACCGCAUAUAUAUGGACUGGCAGAUGAAAUGUACCGCAACAUGUUGAUAGAUGUCGAGAGUCAAUGCGUCAUCAUAAGUGGUGAGUCAGGCGCCGGGAAGACGGUAGCUGCUAAGUACAUAAUGGCUUAUGUAUCGAGGGUCAGCGGUGGCGGGGAACGUGUACAAAGAAUUAAGGAUAUUAUCUUGGAAUCAAAUCCACUUCUCGAGGCGUUUGGUAACGCCAAGACAAUUAGAAAUAACAACAGUAGUCGAUUUGGAAAAUAUGUUGAGAUGCAAUUUGGAGAUGGCGGGCAGCCUAUCGGAGGUAAAAUAUCAAACUUCCUGCUUGAGAAAUCUCGAGUUGUCAAGCACAAUGCCGGUGAGAGGAACUUCCAUGUGUUUUAUCAACUGACAGCUGGAGCAAAUGAGCAGAUGAAAACGGAAUUCGGGUUGAGACACGAACUCGACGGCUGUGAUUAUUUAAUGAGCUGGGAUGGUAACGUCUGCCGUAUGGGCGAUCGUGGAAGCAGCGGCGAUGCCAAAGAUUUUCAGGAAACUUUGAAAGCUCUAAGUGUUAUGGACAUCAAAGAGACCGAAGUAUCAAAUAUAUUACGACUUGUAGCCGGGAUUCUUCAUAUAGGGAGAAUUAAAUUCAGAGAAAACGGAAAUUAUUCUCAAAUUGCUGAUCCUAGAGCGCUAAAAUUACCGUCAUAUUUACUGGGCAUAUCAGCAGAACGACUGUCACAUAAAUUGAUAUCACGUGGAUUUGAAUCAAAAUGGGGCAGUCAGUCUGAGAGUGUGGAUGUAACUCUCAAUGUCGCUCAAGCACUUUAUACCCGCGAUGCUUUAGCCAAGGACAUAUACGCUCGGCUCUUUGAUUAUCUUGUUAAGCGAGUGAAUUCGGCAAUGAUGACAACUGGCGAUGCAUUUGAAAUAGCAAUCCUCGAUAUAUAUGGAUUUGAAAUAUUUGAAUCGAAUGGCUUCGAACAAUUUUGCAUUAAUUUUGUGAACGAAAAAUUGCAGCAAAUAUUUAUCGAGCUGACCUUGAAAGCCGAGCAGGAGGAGUAUGUAGCAGAAAAUAUAAAGUGGACACCGAUAGACUACUUUAAUAAUGCGGUUGUUGUUGAGCUACUGGAAGGUAAACGACCUCCCGGUAUUUUCCUAGUCCUUGACGACGUUUGUGCGACUCUUCAUGGUGGUAGUGAUGCCGCUGACGGAGACCUACAGAAGAAAUUAUCCGUCGUUGCCAGUAGUCACGCUCAUUUCCAAGCUAACAGCGAUGGUUUCGCAAUUUUACAUUACGCUGGCCAAGUUAUUUACUCAGUUGAUGGAUUUUGUGACAAAAACCGGGACGUAUUGUUUACUGAUUUAAUUGACCUGAUGCGCAGUAGCACUAAUAAUUUAGUUCAAUUAUUGUACCCACCGGAAGAAGAUUUAACAAUGAAUAGUAAGACUAAAACACUCAAGUCAAGACCAACCACAGCUGGUAGUAAAAUUCGCAAUCAAGCGAGUCGACUCGUUGCUCAGUUGAUCAAGUGUACGCCUCACUACAUCCGGUGUAUUAAACCCAAUGAGACUAAGAAGCCGCGUGAUUGGGAUUCGCUGAGAGUUAAACAUCAAGUUGAGUACUUGGGAUUGAAGGAAAAUAUACGAGUAAGAAGAGCUGGGUUCGCUUACAGACGUCCGUUUUCUAAAUUUUUACACAGAUAUGCUAUUCUGACCCCGCAAACUUGGCCAUACUGGACAGGAGAUGAGAAACGAGGUGUCCAGUGGAUCAUGUCAAGUAUCCAAAUCGACGGGACUCAAUAUCAACUGGGCAAAACAAAAGUAUUUGUCAAAGCUCCAGAAAGUUUGUUCAUGCUCGAAGAAGCUCGUGAUCGUAAAUACAAUUAUUACGCGCGCAUAAUUCAAAAAUCAUUUAAAAAAUAUUUCGCACGCAAACGACAGGAUGCUGAAAAACAAGCGGCUACUGAUUUAUUGUACGGACACAAACAGCGAAGGCGCGCUAGUUUGGAGAGAAACUUUGUCGGCGAUUAUAUUGGUUUAGAUGGCAGACCAGGAAUUACAAAUCUCCUUGGACGUCGUGACAAAGUAUUUUUCGCGGAAGUUGUUAAAAAAUACGAUCGACGUUUCAAGAUGUGCCGUAGGGAUUUAGUACUUACUGGUAAUUGUUUAUAUUUAAUUGGACGGGCAGAGAAAAAUAAAAAAGAUACAGGAGCACGAAGACAGCAUCGUGUAAGUGAGGAAGUCAUCAAAAGAAAGCUCACUUUCGAGCAAAUAAGUCACGUUUCACUGAGCACAUUGCAAGACGACUUUGUCAUAAUUCACGCGAAAGAAGACUACGCGAGUCUACUCCAGCUGAUGUUCAAGACAGAAUUUUUAUCAGCAUUUAGUAAAAAAUAUCUCGAACAAUUGGGACAUCCAUUGAACAUACGCUUCAGUAAUAGUCUUGAAUUUAAAGUUAAAAAAGAAGGCUGGGGUGGUGGGGGCACGCGUCAAGUUAAAUUUUCAAUGACCGGUUACGGCGAUGAGGAGACGUUGAAAGCAAAUGGAAAAAUUUUAAAUGUCAUUAUAGGACCCGGCAUGCCGUCAACAUCAAGACCAUCGCGUUUGUCUGGCGCCAGAACAACUGGAGCACGUACUGGUACAUUUAAUAAUAACAGCAGUAACAAUUCGAUUAAUCAAAGCAAUAGUAAUGCUUAUCGACCUACUGGCACUGCUGCCACUGCCGGAGCAGUGAGAUCGGGUAAUAUUUACAAUGCUGAUAGAAUAGAAACACGGCCAAGUAGACCGGCUAUGCCGUCGCAGCCCAGACCAACUCCUCGUGUCUCACCAGCAGCAGUUGCCGCUGCCAAUGCACCAGUUAAUAAUCCCGUUACUCAACCGGGCUUACGACCCACACUGCCUCCAAAUCGACCAAAUAUCCGGCCUUCACCGCAGCAUAAUCACAACAACGGUAAAGUUCCGGCUCUAUCAGCGACACUGGGUAAAAUCCUGACGAAUAAUCCAACAGGUGGUCCACGAGUUGGUUUAAUUCGAGCCCCGCCACCGCCUUCAGACCCCGCCCCGCCAAAUCAGCCCAUUAUUUAUCCAGGUUACAAUCCAAUUAAUAAUCAAAGACUGCCGAGUAAUCAAGACAAUAAUAAAAUAAGUAGUAAUAAUAAUCAUAGUGUUAAUAAUAAUAAUAACAAUAAUAAUCGAUUAUCUGGAGGACAUAUCAAUCAGUACGAGGAUCCUAACCAGAGGCUAGCGGCGACUCUCCACAACGCUAAUAGGAAUAAAUUACCACCGAGACCACCUCCAGUGUCAAGUCUUCCCAGAGUCAAAGCUCUGUACGACUACCAGCCUCAGGACCUGGACGAACUGGGCCUCAAAGAAGGCGACGUCGUUGAAGUUCUGAUGGAACACGAGGGUGGCUGGUGGCACGGGAAAUUAAAAGGAAAAACAGGAUUAUUUCCUUCGAAUUAUGUUGAGAAAAUAUAAAUUUAAAAUCACUAGGUAUAAUAUUUUUUUGUUAAAUGUUUAUUAUUAUUAAUUAUUUAAUAACUAUUCCAAAGAGACGUUAAAAGCGUCACAUAUAUGCGGGUACGUGCAUAAGUAUGUACAUAUAAUAAAUAAAUGCAUGUAUAUAAUAAAUAAUAAAAUAAAAAUAACAAUCGAGUUAAUUGUUUGUCACAUCACACCGUAUAUUUGCACCGGAUAAAAGUUGAUAUACAUAAGAAUAAAACUUAUAUGUAUGUAUAAAUAUCAUAAUUACAAUAUAAUAGAAAAAAAAUUUUAAUAUAAUUUAAUAUUUAAAUUAUCGGUUAUCCAUCGACGACAGAACACUAAUUUUAUGAUAAAUAUUUUAAUUGUUAAUUAACAAAUAUCAUAUGUUAAUAAAUAAUAUGAUACUCGCGAAGCUCAAGUCUAUAAUUAUCAAUUAUUGCAUUGUAUUGCUGACGUCAAUGAACAUUUUAUUAUUAUUAUUAUUAUUAAUAUUAAUAUUAUAAUUAUUAAAUAUAUAUCAUCGUUCACUCA